AUGUCCGAUGAGCUCCAGCUCGAAGCUCUCGGGCAUCGUGGAGAACUGCAGCGGAACUUCUCGCCAUUGUCCAUGCUAGGCCUUUCCUUCGCUAUUCUCAAUUCUUGGACUGCACUUUCUGCCUCGCUCUCACUGUCCUUGCCCAGUGGCGGAUCGACUAGCGUGAUAUGGGGUCUGGUAACAUCGGGGGUGUGCAAUCUGUGUCUCGCGGCCUCGCUCGCAGAAUUCUUGUCUGCAUACCCAACAGCCGGUGGCCAAUAUCACUGGGUUGCAGUUAUCGCCUGGAAGAGAUGGGUACCUCUACUAUCGUGGAUUACCGGAUGGAUCAAUGUCUCAGGCUGGAUUGCGCUGGUCGCUUCUGGGGGGCUCCUCGGCUCUCAACUCAUUGUUGGUGUCAUAUCGCUCUAUCACCCAUCCUACACGCCUGAGCGUUGGCAUCAAUUCCUCAUCUACAUCGCCUACAACGUCAUCGCGUUCGUGGUCAACGCUUUCAUGAACUCCUCCCUACCCUACGUGAACAAAGCGGCAAUCACUUGGUCCAUCACUGGCUUUGUUGUCAUCUCAAUUACUGUCCUUGCGUGCGCUUCGCCGAACUACGCAUCCGCGGAAUAUGUCUUUGCCGAGUUUCUGAAUGAGACUGGCUGGCCAGAUGGCAUUGCUUGGUUGCUUGGACUGCUCCAGGGAGGAUUAGGACUGACGGGAUUUGAUGCGUGUGCACAUAUGAUCGAGGAGAUACCGAAUGCUUCCAUCGAAGGCCCCAAGAUCAUGAUCUACUGCGUUUGCAUAGGUACAUUCACGGGCUUCAUAUUCCUCAUGGUCAUGCUUUUUGUAUCCGGUGGUGAUGCGGAGAAGAUCAUAUCAUCGCCUGCCGGACCGUUACUCCAGAUCCUAGUCAACGCGACCUCAAGCCGCGCCGGAGCCGUCUGUUUGUUGAUCUUCCCUCUCAUCUGCCUUCUCUUCGCGACAACAUCCAUCAUGACCACAUCGUCCCGCAUGACCUACGCCUUCGCCAGAGACCGAGGUCUUCCAUUCUCGCGAUACUUCGCCAAAGUUCACGACCGGCUCGGUCUACCGCUCAACUCCCUCUGCCUCACCACCGCCCUCGUCAUCAUCUUCGGCUGCAUCUUCCUCGGCUCGUCGAGCGCCUUCAAUGCCAUCAUCUCCGCAUCAGUCGUUGCCCUAGGCGUCAGCUACGCCAUCCCUAUCGCAGUCAAUGUCCUGCAAGGCCGCAAGAAACUCCCUCCGCGGCCAUUCGUACUCCCAGUCGCGUUCGGCUGGUUUGCAAACCUUCUGGGCAUUGCGUACGUUAUCAUCACCACUGUGUUAUUCGUCUUCCCGCCCGAACUCCCGGUGACAGGCAGCAAUAUGAACUACUGCAUUGUCGCAUUCGCUAUCAUCAUCAUCAUAAGUACGGUCCAAUGGUUCGUGGAUGGGCGCACGAACUUCACCGGCCCUCGUCAUGACAUGGGGUUGGAAGUCGUGGAGGCCGUGGAGAGCAUUAGGAAGGAAACGGAAAGCCCGGACGAUUUGGCAAAUAAAAGGGAUAGUGUGAGUCGGACGGUAUGA